AUGCACCGAACGUGUUUCUUCCUGGUGGCUAUUUGCACGGCACUCGCAGCCACUCACACCUUGGAGGAGGCGAGGGCGAAUCCGGAGCGCUUCAAGGAGGUGGCCGACUUGACGGAAGUUAAUCCAUGGUAUCAUGCUGGAAUUACGUUGGUGAUACUCUACAUCCUCCUAACUGGUAUCACCUCCUCCAUCAACAUUGUCGCCUACAUUUUGGGCCACAAGUCGCGACGACAUGGUCUAUGCGAUCAGCAAAAGGGCAAAUUGAGGGGCUGCAAGGCUUCGUCUAAUUGCACCUCCAAUCAGGUUGCAGGAGUUUGGCAAAAGUCCUUCUUUAAGAGCACUUUACCUCUGGAGGAAAGAAAAUUGGACCCAGUUGCAGCUAUUGCCAUCGCCAUUUCUUCCUUAUUUUUUGUCUGUCCAUUCCAGUUCUCAUUGGGAGAGGAUGACCACUACAUCCAAUUCUUCCUCUCACCUGCACGGAAACGGGUCCUUCAGAAGCCUUAUGCGAAAUCCAUCUUUGAGUGGUCCAUCACUUUUGGGUGUUAUGCUGUUUCGGCACUCCCCACCGUACCCGCUUCAAACUGUGGGCAGCCACCAUUUCAACUUGUACAAGUACAAAACACCUUCGUCGUGUUUACACAGUCAAUUGCGCCCACUCUGAAAGGCUUUACGACCUACAAGAGGGGCUUGAGGUGGUCAAAUUCUUCCAGUUUAAUAUUCUGUAGCGCCUUCAGUCGUCCCCCAGGUCGCAAUAAAUCAGUUUAUAAUUUCCGUACCGUGCUGAAAGAAAUUGACUACAUCCCAGCCCCAAAAGGCUGCCCUGGCAAGGUGGAAAUUUACGUGGUGUACAUCACCGAAUCUCGCCAAUUUUAA